AUGUACAGCUCCAAGGGAAUCAAACAUAUAAAUAGGGGUUCUGUGCCUCAUCGCUCGUGGUGGAGAAAGCAAUUUUCUACCACUAUUUCAGGCGAAAAAACGGAGAAGGUAGAAUUAACUCAAAGAGAGCUUCGUGAAAAGGCUAUAGCUGACGCUCUCGCAAGAGAGGAAGAGAUAGCAGCAAAGGCUAAAGCUUUGUAUGAGUUGAGGGCUAAGAGUAGAGAUUUAAUCGAUAAAUUAAAUAAAGCACCCUCAGAUCUAAUCGAAUCAAGAUUACAAUCACUUCAACGAGAUUUAGACUCAAUUGCUAAUCAGAGUAAAGUUAAACAAUUAGAUGAGGAACUAGAAGAGUUCAUGCUUAGUAAUAUGAAGUUGCCUCAAAGUGAGAUUGCAAAUAGCCCGUGGGCAAGCUCUUCUCCUGAAUCUAUCAAGAAAAGUGAAAGUGAAUCAAAUGAAAAUUCGGCUGUACAGAAAGAAAUAAAGUCAACGGCUUCGAAUUCAUUCACUAACCAGUUCCCUAACUUAAAACCUACUCCAGACUAUAAACCUUAUUCUGACCAGGAGCUCUAUUUGAGACAGUUAGCACAUUCUCGCCUCACCGGCUCAUUGGGUUCCUCUUUGAAUAAUAUUUAUCAGCCAAGAAAUGAAGUUCGUAAUCCAACGAGUAUCUGCGAUACUUCCAUAUCCACAUUACUAGCUGCUGGUUGUCAUAUGGGUCAUGCAAAGGCCAUGUGGAGACCCACGACUCAACCUUUUAUAUACGGUGAGUACGAUGGCAUUCACUUGAUAGAUUUGAAUGAAACCUUGUCGGCUCUUAAGAGGGCUUGCCAAGUUAUAAAAGGUGUUAGUGAAAAAGGUGGUAUUAUUUUAUUCGUUGGUACCUCUAGACACUGGGAGCAGCAUCGUGCAUUAGAGGAGGCAGCUUCGAGAUGUCGUGGGUACUAUGUCUCUAGAAGAUGGAUUCCUGGAACUAUCACCAAUUUCACGGAAGUAACGAAACAAAUUGGUGGUGAAAAAGUUGUCGAAGUUGAUAUGUCGAAUACUCCAACGAAUCGUAUUUUACUGGGUGAGCUCAAAGAGAGACUAGUAAAACCUGACUUGGUAGUUUUACUAAAUCCAGUUGAAAACAGAAAUUGCAUAAAUGAAUGCAUAAAACUGAGGGUACCAACCAUUGGCCUAUGCGAUACCGAUAUGGAGCCGUCUUUGUUGACUUAUCCUAUUCCAUCUAACGAUGAUUCGAUGAGAGUUUCUUCAAUGAUGUUGGGGAUUCUUUCAAGAUCUGCGGAGGAUGGAUUGAGAUCCAGAUUAAAAGUCAUUGGGGAAUAUCAAAGUUCAAAAGGAGCGAACUCCAAGAUGUUUUCAAGGAAGCCAUCUCAUGAUAACAGAGCUACAUUUUAA